AUUCUGUAAUAUGUGUUUAACUUUCUACUAGAUGGAGCUGAAGUCAAACUAAAAAAUGUUUCAAUGUUUGAAAUUAUUGAAUGCAUUUGUUUACAAUUUAGCUGUUUAUUAUUGAUUACAUAAUUAUCUGAUUGUUUCAAUUGUAUGGUUUUUAAUUCUAAUUUUGCUUACCCCUAACGAUCUUAAAAUAAGACUAAGUAUCAUUCAUCAUGAUUAAUCUGAUACAGAGUUAUGGAGAAGGAUCAUCCGAUGAAGAGGAUCAAUCUACUGUUGAAGAAAGUAAAACGUCUAAGGAGGAAGAACCGGCACCGGCUGUUUCUGUUGAUAUUAAAAGUAAAUUAAACCAAAUAAAUACAUGCCCGUAUGUGGAUGAGUCUCAUGUCAAGGACUUCAAAUUGAAAAACGAAUUUCAAUCGACAAUAAACACCGAUGUAAGCACUAAAUUGAACUACAACGCUAAAUAUGAUGAUCUUUAUGCGCCUGCUUUAGGGCCUUCUCAUCCUUUGAAAGACUCGUCACAUCUUCCGCGUAAAAACUUUUUAACUGGACAAGUGGAACCUACAGCCAUAAAUGAUUAUCAUUUUGAAACUCAAAGAAAAACCUUUCAUGUCCAUGGAAUAGCAUACGACCCUUCAGAUGGUGCAACAUUGAAAGAUAAAGUUGUUCGAGGAGCUGCAUCCGCUGAGAUAGGCUUAUCAGUUGGCAGUUCAUCUGAUAACCCAGAUGUUAAAGCAUAUGCUUCUAGUGAUCCAUCUUCACGGAAGAAACGUUUGAAAAAUGAUGACCCGAUGGACAUUGAUAAUUACUUAGGUCCAUGGGCACCAUAUGAAAAUGAAGAAAUGGUAUCUAAGCCAACCGAGGAAGAACAAAAAGAAAUCGAAGAGUUUAUGUCCAAAAAGAAACGGUACACUGUUAAUAAGGAAGAAAAAGAUUUCGAAGAGAAAAGCACACUUCAUAUACCUGAUCCCUAUGAUUAUCAAGGCAGAUCUUUCUUACACCCUCCUCAAGACUUGGAUGUUAAUUUGAGAGCCGACAGUGUUCCUCAUAAGUGUUUUCUACCCAAAAAAGUUAUUCAUACAUAUACUGGACAUACCAAAGCUCUUACUGCUAUCCGAUGGUUUCCUAAAUCAGCUCAUUUAUUUUUAUCUGCUGGAAUGGACGCUAAAAUUAAAUUAUGGGAAGUUUAUCGAGAUAGAAGGUGUAUAUUAACAUAUCAAGGACAUAGACAAGCAGUUAGAGAUAUUUGUUUUAAUAGACGAGGUGAUCGUUUCAUAUCUGCUGGUUAUGAUCGUGGAUUGAAGUUAUGGGACACCGAAACAGGACAGUGUAUUAAAAGAUUUCAAAAUAGAAAGGUUCCAUUCUGUGUUAAGUUUAAUAACGAUGAAGAUAAAAACCAUCUCUUCCUGUCCGGUAUGGCGGACAAAAAGAUUCUCUGUUGGGAUACCAGAACUGGUCAAAUUGUCCAAGAAUAUGAUCGUCAUUUAGGUGCUAUUAAUACUAUUACAUUUGUUGACAAUAAUAGGCGAUUUGUUUCUUCUUCGGAUGACAAAAGUUUACGAGUUUGGGAAUGGGAUAUACCCGUCGAUAUUAAAUAUAUUGCCGAUCCUGGGCUUCAUUCUAUGCCAGCCAUUUCCGCAUCACCAAAUGGUAAAUGGUUAGCUUGCCAAUCAAUGGAUAAUAAAAUUCAAGGUUUCGCCUGUCUCAACAGUUUCAAACUCAAUUCCAAAAAAAUAUUCACCGGUCAUAUGGUUGCUGGUUAUGCAUGUGCACCAGAUUUCUCUCCAGACAUGUCGUAUUUGGUUUCAGGGGAUGCUGAUGGUAAAGUUUUCAUUUGGGAUUGGAAGACUACUAAACUUUUGACUAAAUUUCAAGCUCAUGAAAAUGUUUGUAUUAACGUUCUUUGGCAUCCUCAUGAGACAAGUAAAGUUUUAUCUGCCGGUUGGGAUAAUAAAAUUCAUCUUUGGGAUUAAUUUUCUAUUUUUUACUUUUUUCUACCGAAUGAAGUUGUAUGUUUUAAAUACAGUGUGAAGCAAAUCAAAUCGUACAUCAUUUAUUUGAUUUUGAUCAUAUCCAUUUUGUAAAAUAAAAUAUCUCCUUAUAAAUAAUCA